GCCACCUAACGUUACCUCAGUGCAUCAAGGCUUGCAUCAUAAUGGCUGGAAACGAGUGUGAAAACAGGCUUCAGUAGGAAAGAAAUGGCUUAGUAACUUCUUCAAGACAUUCCUAGUAAGUGAGUUACAAUUGAGCCUACUCACAGACCCUCUAUGAACUGCAUUUCGCUGGUUUCUUCGGACGGUCGCAAAUUUGUCUCAUGCUUUCAGUGAGAGUUCACUGACCCAGGGUUCAAAGGUCAGACAAUGAACAUGGCGGGAGGGGUGAUGGCUGGUGUCGGUGUUUCUCUGUUUUUGUGUUGCUGUGUCCUUGUCGUUCAGGGAUCCACAGUGCCGCGGCCCAACAUAGUCUUCAUACUGACUGACGACCAAGAUGUCGUGCUGGAAGGAAUGAAAGUGAUGAACAGGACAAAAAGGCUGAUAGGAGACAUGGGUGCCACAUUCCCAAACAUGUUUGUGAGCAGUCCGCUGUGUUGUCCCAGUCGCUCCAGUAUCCUGACCGGUAAAUACGUGCACAACCACGGGGCCGUGAAUAACAGUGUAGACGGGGACUGUGCCAGUAAAGCAUGGCAGGAUGGGCCGGAGAGAAGCACCUUUGCCACGCAGGUGAAGACAGCUGGGUACAGGACCUUCUUUGCUGGGAAGUAUCUGAAUCAGUAUGGGUUCCCGUCUACAGGAGGCCCUGGACACAUCCCGCCAGGCUGGGACUGGUGGUUCGGACUGAUAGGAAACUCCCGUUACUACGACUAUGCCCUGUCUGUCAAUGGCACCAAGCAGCAACAUGGGAAACUCUACAGCAUGGACUACCUGACGGAUGUCAUUAAAAAUCAGUCCCUACAUUUCCUGGAUACAGUUGGUGCGUCCCCCAACCCUUUCUUCAUGAUGCUAUCCACCCCUGCAGCACACUCACCCUUUGACUCGGCUCCACAGUAUGAACAGGACUUUUUGGAUUGGAAGGCACCUCGGGGAGGGAGCUAUAAUGUGUAUGGAAAGGACAAGCAUUGGUUAUUGAGGUUUGCUCCAAGUCCCAUGAAGGAUACUUCUGUACAAUAUGCAGACAGUAUUUUCAGAAAAAGGAUGAGGACACUCCUGUCUGUGGAGGACCUGGUCCAGGCAGUGAUGACAAAACUAGAGGACCAAGGCCUUCUCUACAACACUUAUGUCAUCUUCUCUUCAGACAACGGAUACCACUAUGGUCAGUUCUCCCUACCGGAGGACAAACGUCAGCUGUACGAGUUUGACAUCAGAGUGCCUCUCCUGAUCAGGGGUCCCGGCAUCAAGGCUGGACAAACUAUCACUGAUCCUGUGAUGAACAUUGACUUGAUGCCGACUAUAAUCGAGAUGGCCAGAGGUGAAACACCAGCGGAUGUGGAUGGAAGGUCCCUCAUGCCUCUUCUGCUGAGCACACAGACGGAGACAGGUGGUCCAGAGUGGAGGUCAGACCUGUUAGUGGAACACCAGGGAGAGUGGGCCCUCCAUGCCUGGCCAAAGUACAACUGUCCACACUGGUGGACUCUAGUCACCGGAUGUGUGCCUGACUGUGUGUGUGAGGACUCCUACAACAACACCUACAGCUGUGUCAGGGCUCUCAGCAAAAGGGCUAACCUUAUGUACUGUGAGUUUCAGGAUGACGAGAAUUUCAAGGAGUUCUACAACCUGGAGAAAGAUCCACACCAGCUUAACAAUGCGAUCAACACAACCGACCCAAAUGUCCUGAAUUUUAUGAGUGAGAGACUUAAGGAGCUUGUAGCAUGUUCUGGAAAAACUUGCAGUUAUAGAAAUGAGCAGAUACUGGUGACUUGAGGUAAAACACAUGACAUGUGUGUUGGUUUUACAUCAUGUUUUGUUCUGUUCUGUUGAUCUUGUUUUGUUUUGUUUUGUUAUGUUAUAAGGGAGACUUACCAGUUAUUUCAAGGAGCUUGAUACGAGGGCGUAGCUGGUAGGGAAAUACUUGUGUUUGGCAAUCCAAUGCAAUGUCCACAGCAUUAGGUUGUUGACUGUGUGACAGGCUCAAGAAAGGUACAAUCAUGUAUACAGACUGUAUGUGUGACUGUACACAUUUAUGUAUUAUAUGCUUCAUGUGCAAUACAAAGGAUGUCUUAUUUUUGCAUAUUUGCUCUGAGUUGUUACUGUUAGACAGUAAUUACAUUAUUAUGCUAAAGGCAGAUGGCAUAUAGAAGGUUAUUUUUACAUGAUGCAGUUUUGUUGAAAAGUAUAUACAACAUUAUCAUGUUUGAAAUUUCCCUGGCAUACUUUGUGUAUGUUAAACUAUGCAAUUGUACACCACAUGUGCCUCUUCAACAUGCUCGUAUACAUGCAGCAAUAAAGAAUUGUGUUGCAGUGUUAACACUUGUGGGAUGGAGAACAACAGAUAAUAAACCCGAUAGUGAGUGAUUAUGAGUGAUUGAUAUGAGAACUAAAAGAAUAUGCAAUAAAAUACUUUCAAAGCUGUACA